AUGAGUGCCACUGCAGCAGCCAGUAUCACUAAAGCAGAGGGCGAUAAUGUCAGAAUCGAGAGCAGCCAGAAAGAAGCUGAUGAUGAGGAGCGAUGUACAACGCCGAUCGCCGAAUGUUCCCUUCCAGAAACAGUGCCAGUCGAUGACAAUAAAGAAACAAAACAGACCACCGUGCCUUCAAGGCCGCCUCCAGUAGAAAUUCAGGAUAGUGCUGUUGCCGGCGAUCCUGAAAAAACACCCCCUGUGCCACCGCGUUCCAAAAAGCGUCGUGUUGGGGAGCUGAAAUGUUCCGAAGUGAGGUGGUUUUACCGGAAGCGAGGAACAGAGACGAAGUGGACAGCUUUUAAA